UUGAGAAAGUGAAAUACAGUCCAAUAAACCAAUCGGGUUUUAUUGUUGAAAAGAUUCAGGACAAAGGGGAUAACAUAACACAAUCAAAAAGAGAAGAUGAAAAUUCUUCAGAUUUUAAGAAGAAAGCUCUCUUCUUCGCAGAUCCGAAGCACAGCUACUCCUUCACUAUCUUCGCCUUUCUUCUAUCGUCAACUUCACUCCUCUUCCAAUCCAGCUUCAUUCGGCGUCGCGUUCGACAUUGACGGCGUUUUGCUCCGUGGGAGCAACCCUAUCGGCGGCUCUCCUCGAGCUCUCAAACGCUUCUAUGAUGAUUCCGGCACUCUGAAGGUCCCCUAUGUAUUCUUGACCAAUGGAGGUGGUGUUCCUGAAUCUAAAAGAGCAAAGGAGUUGGGAAGUUUGUUGGAUGUUAAUAUUCUACCUUCACAGGUUAUACAAGGGCAUUCACCGUUCAAACAGUUGAUGAGAAGAUUUGAGAAUGAGCUUAUUGUUGCUGUUGGAAAAGGAGAACCCGCUGAAGUGAUGUCUGAAUAUGGUUUUAAAAAUGUUCUCUCCAUAGAUGAGUAUGCAUCUUAUUUUGACAACAUUGACCCAUUGGCACAAUACAAAAAAUGGACAGACAAGCUGGAUGGUAAUCAGAGUAGCAAGUCUAAGCAUAUAGCUUUAAGCAAUGAUCCAUGCUCGCAGAGAGUGGCGGCGGUCUUUGUUGUUAGUGAUUCUGUUGAUUGGAGCAGGGACAUCCAGGUUCUCUGUGACAUUCUAAGGACUGGAGGGCUGCCAGGAAAAGAGAUUGCACAUCAGCCACCACUCUUUUUUGCAAAUGAUGACCUUGCCUAUCAGGCCUUGUUUCCAUCCGAAAGACUUGGCAUGGGUGCUUUCAGAAUUGCAGUAGAAUCCGUCUUCAAUGCUAUCCAUCCUGCUGCUCUGAAGUAUACGUCAUAUGGGAAACCAAAUCCUUCUGUAUUUAAAAAUGCAGAGACAGUUCUGAUGCAUGUUCUACAAUCAUGUCACUCUAACCAUCAGGUUGAUGGUAGAAAGCAGCUUUUUAAAACCUUAUAUAUGAUUGGUGAUAAUCCCUCAGUUGAUAUUAAAGGAGCUCGACAGGCUGGAAGUCCUUGGUUCUCUAUUUUGACAAGAACUGGUGUCUUCAAGGGGAAAGAAAAUCAUGACGAUUUUCCAGCAGAUCUGGUUGUUGACACUGUGGAAGAAGCAGUAGACUACAUUUUGAGCAAGGAGUGUAUCUUAUGAUGCACAUCUGGGGUGCUUAAAAAUACAAAUAAAAUGGACCAAAGAUACUAUCAAUAUCAACAAUAAGUAUACCGCCAGCAAAUUGCAACAGCUGGAUAGAAUUAGAGUACAUUCACUAUACUGAGACCAAAGCUCAUUGGCCAUGAUUAUAAAAAGCUCUCAAGUGGUUUGUAUCAGUAAGAUUUUUUGAAUUCCUAUCAAGUGGUAGCUAUGUUAUUUUAUUUUUAAUUA